CUUAAUUUUUUUUCCCGAUCCCUUUUAGAAAAACUUGUGAGUCUGGGCAAUCCCAGAACUUCAGCAGACGUAACGUUUUGCAGAUAGCAUUGUGAGAAAACAAUUUUAAUAAAUGAAUGCAAUUUUUAGAACUUUUCUAAAGAUUAAGCGAUGAGAACAUUGAGAAAAUGGAAAUUUCUUCAACAUGGAUCCAAACUUUGUCAUUCUCUUUUCUCACAAUAGCCUUCCUUCAUUUUGUUGACGUACUGAUUAUAUCCCCAAAACUCACCCUCAAUCCCCAAAAUGUCAGAGUCAAGAAGCUGCCACCGCUUCCCCUGCGGUUCAACUCUGAUGGAACUUUCAAAAUCCUUCAGGUAGCUGACAUGCAUUUUGGGAAUGGACUGGGGACUAGAUGCAGGGAUGUGCUGGACAGUGAGGUCGCGUACUGUUCUGAUCUCAACACUACUCAGUUCCUUGAAAAGAUGAUUCAACUCGAGAAGCCCGAUUUCGUUGCUUUUACGGGAGAUAAUAUAUUUGGAACAAGUGCCACAGAUGCAGCUGAAUCUCUAUUCAGAGCUUUUGCGCCAGUUAUAAAAGCUGGGCUUCCCUGGGCAGCAGUUUUAGGAAACCAUGAUCAAGAAUCAACCAUGAAUCGUGAAGAAUUGAUGUCUUUCAUCUCCCUCAUGGAUUACUCUUUGUCAAAAACUUUUCCUUCAGCUGAAGAGGCUGCCUCUGAUCCAAGCAACCAAAACCAGGCCCCACAGAUUGAUGGGUUUGGGAAUUAUAACCUGAGAGUAUGGGGUGCUCCGGGCUCACAGUAUGUGAAUAGCACUGUCCUUAAUCUCUAUUUUCUUGACAGUGGAGACAGAGCCGUAGUCCAUGGAGUUCGAACAUAUGGAUGGAUUAAAGAGUCUCAACUUCAAUGGCUUCGUGGCAUUUCUAAAGGAAAUCAGUUUGUAUCAUGACAUGGAAUUUUCAUUGCUGGUGGGAGUCAUUAACGUGUUGCAGGUCGCAAAUUGACAGGGGCAAUAUCAGCACUCCAAAUUCAAAUCAACUGAAUUUUCCAAUGUCGCCCCUGCAUUAACCUUCUUCCACAUUCCCAUCCCAGAAAUUAAACAAGGACCUGUAAGAGGUAUUGUUGGCCAAUAUCAGGAACAUAUAGCAUGUUCAUUUGUGAACUCUGGAGUCCUAAACACACUUGUCUCUACGGGAGAUGUAAAGGCGGUUUUCAUAGGUCAUGAUCACACAAACGACUUCUGUGGGAAUCUUGACGGCAUAUGGUUUUGUUAUGGUGGAGGUUUUGGAUAUCAUGGUUAUGGUAUUGCAGGGUGGCCAAGGAGGGCAAGAGUCAUUUUGGCUGAACUUGGGAGAGGGGAGAAGUCAUGGAAUGGGGUAGAGAGGGUCAAGACGUGGAAACGACUUGAUAAUGGGAAGCUCAGCAAGAUUGAUGAGCAAAUCCUUUGGCAGAGGUGAAAAUGUUGACCUGUUUGUACCUUGUAACUUUAAUGUCGUCUCUCGUGGAUAGUUAUACCACGUUUUAGUUUUGCAGUUCUUGAAAGCUUGUGACUGAGGAUGUUUUUACUUGGACUGUAAUUUGCUGGUCUAGUCUGAUCUGGUCUGGUAUGACUUCUUUGUAAUUUUAUAACUAUCCAAGUCUGGUCUGAUCUGGUCUGGUCUGGUCUGGGACAAAUUAAAGUCCAAGUAAAAAUAUCCUGAGAAUUCACUCCCACGAAAAUUUACUGAAUCAUAUAUAAUGUGAGCUUCUUGUAAAUUGAUUAAGGAUGUGUUUGGACUUUGGACUUCGUAUCCAGA